AUGGCAGACGUGACGCCGACACCACCUAGGACGCUACCGUGUGAACUAGAGUACAUUCAGUAUUCUCACGAUCUCGAAGAAAAAUAUCUACCCUCAAUACGAUCCCUCAUCUCGACGGAUCUAAGCGAACCGUACAGCAUAUAUGUGUACCGCUAUUUCCUCUAUCAAUGGGCCCACCUCUGUUUCAUGGCCCUGGACCCUAGAGACUCAUCUCUGGUAGGCGUCAUCAUAUGCAAAUUAGACGUCCAUGCCUCUCACUCUCCGCCCACCCGACGUGGCUACAUCGCCAUGCUCGCCGUAGCGUCAUCCUUCCGUGGCUACGGCAUAGCUACUGCCCUCGUAAAGAAGGCGAUCGAUGCCAUGAUGUUGCGCAACGCUCAAGAAAUCGUCUUGGAGACCGAAGAAACGAACAUCCCGGCUAUGCGCUUGUAUGAGCGGCUCGGCUUCCUGAGGUCUAAGAAACUCCACCGCUAUUACCUAAAUGGCAACAGCGCGUAUCGCCUAGUCUUGCUGCUGAGGUCUAUCCACGACGAGGACGACCCUGGAGAGUAUAUCGAGGGCUCUGUCACCAGCAGAAUCUACACUUCGAAUACGCUAUGCUCUUAA